UUGCUUUGCACAUUUGUAGUUAAACUUUACAACGAUUACGUCGUUCCAUACAAACGUUUAACAAAGUGUGGUCUUAAAAUGCCCAUUCCGAAGCCCUUUAUUGGUAACGUUUUGGAUUAUGGAUCUAGUGAACAACAUAUAUCUCAGGUUAAGAGACAAGAACAAUAUGGCAAUGUCUAUGGUACAUUUAUGUUUAAUGCUCCAACUAUAUGGGUUGGCGAUCCAGAUAUGCUUAAAGAAAUAAUGGUCAAAGAUUUUACUAAUUUUACUAACCGGUAUUCUUUAUCGAAUACAAUUAAACCUUUCAAUAAGUCGCUACUGCAAUUGGAUAAUAAAGAUUGGAAACGGGUAAGGACCACUCUUGUUCCGACCUUUAGUGCAUUAAAGUUAAAGACCAUUCUUCCGUUUAUUAAAGUAGCCAGCGAUGAUUUGGUCCAUAAAUUAAUGAAAGCUGAGGCUGAAGGAAAAGCUAUCGAUAUAUGGCAGCCAUACGGUAGAUAUACCAUGCAAGUUAUUUUAGCUACAGCAUUUGGAAUUGAAUUUGAGUCAAAAGAACAAGAAGCUAAACUUACAAAAGCUGCAGGGAUUUUAUUUAGAGAAACUAAUUCCUUAGUUCAAUUCUUUGUUGUCUUUGCAUCACGUUUAUUUAAAAUUUUCGAGCCUGUCAUUGGAGGAGGUAUCAUGAAUUCGACUCGUCUAUUAGUAACAACAGUCGAACGUGUAAUAAGGGAACGUCGAAAAAAUUUAAAGGAAGGGAUACCCUGUCGAAAAGAUAUUUUACAACAAAUGAUUGAAGCAAACCUAAAUGAUGAAGAAAUCGUCGCUCAAGCAAUAGUAUUUCUUAUUGCUGGCCACGAAACAACGGCUAAUACACUAGCUUUUGCUUCAUAUUUACUAAUGGCAAAUCCUGAAGCUCAAGAAAAGUUAAUUGCAGAAAUCGACGAUAAAUGCCCUGAUGAGAGCAGCCUAGACUAUGAAACAUUAUCUGAGCUACCUUAUCUUGAAAUGGUAAUAUCAGAAACAUUACGUAUCUAUCCAGCAGGAUUUUUCGUUAAUCGUAAGACCAAAGACGACAUGGUUGUGAAUGGUAUAGAUAUACCUAAGAAUUCGAUGAUAGGACUUCCAAUUUAUGCAGUACAUCAUAAUCCACAGCUCUGGCCUGAUCCAGAACGUUUCAUACCCGAACGAUUUACACCAGAGGCUAAAGCUAAGCGGCAUCCUUAUAGUUAUAUUCCUUUCGGUGGUGGACCUCGUAAUUGUAUUGGAAUGCGACUAGCUUUACUAGAAGCAAAAUUGGCAUUAGUGAAAGUGUUACAAAAUGUUAAGUUAGUAGCAGUAAAGGAAAGUGAAAUACCGUUAAGGUUGAAAUCUGGAGCUACAUUAUCUCCAGCUAACGGAGUAUAUGUAGGAAUCCAAAAAAGA